GGCUGUUCUGCCUUUUCGGACGAGGCUGCGGAAAACUUCAAAAGUUUGGAAUCACCAUCAUCACGAACCAGAAACGCCCAUUGGUGGUCGUAUCGGCAGCCGCGCGCGACACAAUGCCCCACUCCGAGCCUGACCGGCCGUCGACAAAGCGCCAAAGGGUCGAUGCCGUCGUCAAGGCGUCGCCCUCAGCGGCCAAGCGAGGCUCGACCAUCUUUGCGCCAUUCCGAACAAUUGGUCUAGUUUCUCCCACUGCCGUGCCGUUUGCAUCGAUUCCGCUCGGCAAGACAACCUUCCAGAUCACGACCUCUGUCGGUCGCGCCCUGCAGACCUACGACCUUAAGCGCGGACUCAACCUUGUCUUCGUCACGCGCCCCCAGACGCCGGCCGACAUUACCGCUACCUAUUCUUGGAAGGAGAAAGUCUUCGCCGCGUGGGGCGACCCGCGCAAUGGCGAACCCCAGGGGUUGUGGGCGUUCCAGCGCGGUAAGAAGGCUGCCGAGCUCCAGCUGCCUGCGGAUUUGGACCAGCCCAUCAAGCAGAUCCUCAUAUUUGGCUCGUGGAUCGUUGCAUGCGCUUUGACGAGGGUAGAGGUGUGGAAGUCGUCGACGUUGGAGCAUUACACCACUAUCUUCACAGCCGCGACAAAGAAGGGCGACAAUGAAAUCAGCGGCGGUGUCUGCAACAUGCCCACCUUCCUCAACAAGAUCUUCGUCGGACGGAAAGAUGGUUGGGUCGAGAUCUGGAACAUCAGCACGGGCAAACUUAUUUACACGAUCCUGCCGCCGACACCAGAUUGCGGCGCUAUCACCUACCUUCAGCCCUCCCCGGCUCUAUCCCUACUAGCCAUUGCUUACUCAGGAGGGCCGCUAGUUCUACAGAACGUUCUUACCGACAAACCUGUCCUUCGGUUGAAUGCCGGGACCGAGGAUGCCCCGGUUACUUGCAUCUCGUUCCGAAGCGACGGUCAGGGAGCGGGUCAGGACGGGAGGAAGGAUGGUGUCAUGGCUACUGCCACCAGCGUUGGUGGGGAUGUCACCUUCUGGGAUCUCAAUAAAGGGGGGAGAAUAAUGGGUGUCCUCCGGAGCGCGCACAACCCCCCGUCCUACAACAAGGAGGUCCGUGGAGGAAUCAGCAAAGUCGAGUUCCUUCCCGGGCAGCCGGUUAUUGUCACGAGCGGUCUCGACAAUUCUCUCAAGUCUUGGAUAUUCGACGAGUCACCCUUUUCGCCUGUCCCGCGCAUCUUGCACAUGCGCAGCGGGCACGCGGCACCAGUGCGCUGCCUGCAAUUUCUACCCUCAGAUUUCGACGGAGCCGAGGGCGGGAAUAAGUGGUUGAUCAGCGGUGGCCGCGACAGGAGCUUGUGGGGGUGGAGUUUACGCCGUGACGGGCAGAGCGCCGAACUCAGCCAAGGCGCCAUUCGGAAGAAGGCGAGGAAGAUUGGUAUCUUGGCUGGCAGCUCCAUGUCGCAUGGCCCAACAACCACAUUGGACGACCUCAAGGCGCCGGAAGUCACUUGCAUCGCCUCUUCGCUGAAUCGAGAUGGCGGGAUGGGCGCCAUGCCAGGCAAACAGAUGAUCUGGGACAAGGGCAAUGAUAAGAACAAACUUACGAGCGCCCAACUUAGCGGCAUGACUGGCUGGGAGAGUGUGGUGACGGCUCACAAGGACGACCCCUGGGCACGUACGUGGUUUUGGGGUAGGAAAAGAGCCGGCCGGUGGGCGUUCAAGACGGGCGACGGGGAGAGCGUGUCGACUGUUGCCAUGAGCCCCUGCGGCACCUUUGCCUUCGUUGGCUCAAGCGGGGGCAGCAUCGACAUGUUCAACUUGCAAUCUGGAAAACAAAGGCAGCGGUUUCCUUCGAGACUGACUCCGGCGCAGCUACGGCAGCUAAAGAUGCAGCAGUUGAAGGCACUUGACGAAGUCAACAAGCUCCAGUCACGGUCCAAACGUACGUUUGCGCCCGGCACAGGAAAGCACACCAAGGCCGUGACGGGAAUUGUUGUCGACUCGCUGAACCGAACCGUCAUCUCCUGCUCGCUCGACGGUAAAAUCAAGUUCUGGGACUUUGUCACGGGCAGCCUCGUCGACGAAAUCGACUGGGCGCCCAUGGUCAAAAUCACAGGCUGCCGCUACCACGCAGGGAACGACCUCAUCGCCUUUGCCUGCGAUGACCAUUCCAUCCGGGUCGUUGACGUAGAAACAAAACAGACCAUCCGCGAGUUCUGGGGCUGCCGUGGCGACAUCAACAAUUUCUGUUUCUCCAAUGACGGCCGGUGGAUCGUCGCCGCGUCGCAAGACUCGAUCGUCCGCGUCUGGGACCUGCCCACGAGCCAUCUGAUCGAUGCCUUCAGGCUGGAGAAGCCCUGCACGGCGCUCGCCUUCUCGGCGACGGGUGAGUAUCUCGCGGGCGCUGUCGAAGGCGAUCUCGGGGUCCAGCUCUGGACGAACCGCACGCUCUUCAAGCACGUGCCGACGCGGCAAAUCUCCGACAAGGAGAUCGGCCAGAUCUCGGCGCCCACGACCUCGGGCGAGGGCGGACAGGGCCUGAUCGAAGCCGCGUUCGACGCGGCGGCAGAGGACGAGCAGCGGGCCGCCGAGGAGGAGGAGGACGGCGUGACGGCGCCGGUGCUGGACCAGCUCAGCGCCGACAUGACCACCCUCAGCCUGGUGCCCAAGAGCCGCUGGCAGACGCUGCUGCACAUCGACCUGAUCAAGGCGCGGAACAAGCCCAAGGAGGCGCCCAAGGCGCCCGAGAAGGCGCCGUUCUUCUUGCCGGCCGUGGGCGGCGCGGGUGCUUCCAACGCGCUCGUGCCCGCGGGGCCGGACACCAAGACCAGGGAGGCCGAGGGCUCGCGGCUGACGCAGCUCGAUCGCGCGCGGAACCAGCAGGCGCUCACGUCGAAACUGCUUGUUUGUGGCGCGUCGGGUGAUUACACGGACUUCCUCGAGCACCUCAAAUCGCUGGCGCCAUCGGCAGCCGACCUAGAGCUGCGGUCGCUCUCGAUGGGGUUCGGCGACGACUCGUCCAACGAGCUGCUGCACUUCAUCCGGGCGCUGACGAGCCGGCUGGUGGCGCGGCGCGACUACGAGCUGACGCAGGCGUGGAUGACGGUUUUCUUGCGGCUGCACUUCGACCUCGUCAUGGCCAACGAGCCGCUGCUGGCCGCGCUGGGCGAAUGGAAGCAGCACCAGGGUAAGGAGCGGGAGCGGUUGGAUGAUCUGGUGGGGUAUUGCGGGGGGGUGGUUGGGUUUUUGAGGAGUCCGAGGACGUGAAGUGAGUGAGUGAGCGAGCGGUUUACGGGAUGAUAUCCACAGACACAAAACAAGACAGGCAAAACAAGGACGGGGCGAGACAGCAAGCGUCAUCGCAAGCAAGCAAAAUUUAUUCCAACGAUGCCGGGGUAUCUCAUCCUCAUGAUCUAGCGCCAUCAUAUCAACCCUGUUUCCUCCGCCAUUUACCCAAACAGCCAGUCCAAG